ACGAGCGGAGCAGAGGAAAAGUCUCUCUCUGUCUCUCUUACUCUCACUCUCUCCCUCCCUCUCUCUUCAUCAGUGUCCCCCCACCCCCCUCCAUUGCCGGUCUGUGAUUAAACACGAGAAAAAUAAUUCCCAAACUCGUUUGAUAUCUUCGAUGUUUUUUCAUCAAUUUCUUUGAUGCCGUAAGUGAGAAAUUAAAACAUGGUUUAAUGCGAUAAUCGAUUCGUAAAAAUUUAAUUUUUACGGCGAAGAAAAGUUAAAAAAGAAAAGGAUUGAUAAUGCAUCGUUCGAAAGAAACUCGAACAUUUCCUAAUUUCUACGUCAUUUUUGUUUUAAAACUUGAUUGGUGAUGAGAAAAAUGUCAUAACUACUGGAUAACUGCUUUGUGAAUACCGCCUCUUAAGCAGUUAUAAAACGAAACAUGAAUCUAAUUGAGAUUAUGUCAUUCAAAAUCGAAAAGAAUGGCUGUGAAUAAAUGCGUUUUGUUUAGUUUUUAUUACGUUUAAAGGUAACUUCCAUCUUACAUUUUGCAUUUGCCUCCAUCCUUAUUUGAGACAGUGGAGCUGGAAAGAUCCUUGAAGUCAUAAAUGGACACCUGUUGAUCAUUAAAACUGGGCUCGUGAAACUUCGAUGUGGGAUUCGACAGGAACCAUUCGACCUGGGCAGUCCUUCAUAUCGUUCCUGGUGGUUCGCUGAGAAGAGAACAGGUGGAAAUGAUUGGCGAGAUGAAUACAGGUACAGGUACAGGUACGAAGCUUUUGUAAUAUUAAAAAAGUCAGGGCGUCAGCCUCCAGAACUCUGCCAUGGGCUUCAACAUCACCAACGAUGACUGGGAGACCAUCGAUUGGGACAACGGCACUACUACCUACCUGACCGCCCAGAACGGCAGCGGCGGGGCAUUCGGCCAGCAGGUCCAUGCCAUAGACCGCAUCCAGUUCUGGGUCACGCCCGUGCUCGUCAGCUUCGGCUGCAUGGGCAACGUCGUCAGCGUGUGGGUGUUCCACUCGAGCAAGCUUCGAACUCUGAGCUCCUCCUGCUACCUGGCAGCCCUGGCGGCCUCGGACACGGGGUUCCUGCUGACCCUCUUCCUGGUGUGGCUGUCCAUGGUCGACUACGACCUGCUGAACCAACACGGCUGGUGCCAGGCCAUCAACUACGCCAUCUACGUCACGACCUUCCUCAGCGUGUGGCUCGUGGUGGCCUUCACCGUCGAGCGGUUCAUCGCCGUCUGCUACCCGCUCCUCCGGGCGGCCGUCUGCACCGUCAGGAGAGCGCGGAUGGUCAUUCUGCUGCUGACGAUCGUCGCUUUCCUCCUAUACUCGUACCUCCUGGUGGCCGCUGCCCCGGGCAUGCACCCGGAGGCCGGUCGCACCAUCUGCAAGCUCAGGGACGAGUACGUGGAAGUGGCCACCGCCAUGAACUACGUGGACACGGUACUCACUCUCAUCUUGCCCGUCAUCACCAUCGUGACCCUCAACGUCAGGAUCGCCAGGUGUGUUUGGCACGUGGAGAAGCUCCGUCACUCCAUGACCCUCGCCCACUCCCAUAGUUCCCCCGCAGUGGCCAACAACAGCUCCGACUCAGGCCGAAGGGGGGCAGGUGGUAACUCCGGAGGCCCUGUCACUAGCACGGCCACGCAGGAUUCCGCCAACAGUUCCGUGGUGGUCGUGGCCGGGAAUCGGGGCGGCCAGAGGAUGAGAUCCCAAAACAAAGUGACGAAGAUGCUGCUGAUCAUCUCGACGGUGUUCAUCCUCCUCAAUCUGCCGUCUUACGUCAUCAGGGGAUACAUUUUCUUCUGGUGCGACAACUCGUGCGAGACCAGCUCCCUUUUCUACACCCUCCAGCAAACGUUCACGCUGCUCUUCUACACGAACUUCGCCAUCAACUUCCUCCUGUACUGCGUCACGGGCCAGAACUUCCGGCGGGCGGUGGGCGGCCUCUGCGUCGGGGCGGCCCGCAGGCACGGUGCCCAUCGGCUGCCCUUCCCGUCGCCCGCCUCUGUCCGAUUCCCGCACUCCACCAUCGAGAGGAAUAAUUCGGGAGGGGUCAUGAUAAACAUCCAACUGUGGGACGGUCCAACGCGUAUGUCCACCCACAUGACCGGCCAGUCUCCCCCGGGGAAAGGCUACUACAAGAACCAGAAAUCGUCCUCACGCCCAAACGCCCGCGCCAUGACGUCGGCCGCCCCCUUGUCAAACGGCCACACGGCCAUAUCGACGCUCCAGGAUGAAAAGGAGGAUUCCUUCUAAAGGAGAAAAAAAAAAAUAAAAAAAAAUCUCCAACUAGUCUCUCUUCGACAGAAGUAACUCUAAUCCUGUAAAUGGAAAGAUUGCUUUGAAAGAGACUCGAUUACGCUGGAAAGGAUUGAAUUACUUUGAAAAGGACUGGAUUACUAUGAAAAGGACUUGAUUACUUUUAAAAUAAUUGGAUAUCUUUGAAAAGGACUUGAUUACUUUCUUGGAAAAGGUUUGGAUUCUUUGGAAAAGGUAUUGAAUUAAUUUGAAAAGGACUGGAUUAUCUUUAAAUGGAUUGGAUUACUUAGAAAAGGAUUGGAUUACUUUGAAAAGCGUUGGAUCAUUUUAAAAAGGAUUUGAUUAUGAAAGGGGUUGCAUAAUUCUAGAAAGGAUUUGAUUACUUUGAAAAGUCUGGAUUCUUUGAGAAAGGAUUGGAUCCAUUUAAAAAGGGUUGUGUUACAUUAAGAACGAUUGGAUAACUUUAUAAACGAUUGGAUUCAUUUUUAAAAAGGACUGGAUUACUUUGAAAAAGAUUGGAUCCAUCUAAAAACGGAUUGGAUUACUUUGAGAAGGACUGGAUUGCUUUGAAAAGUAUUAGAUUACUUGGAAAGGGUUGGAUAACUUUAAAAAAGGGAUGGAUUCAUUUAAAAAGGACUGGAUUACUUUGAAAAGGAUUGUAUUAAAUUCCUUCCUUUGUGGAAAAAAAUAGUGUUUGUGAUGUUUUUAAACUCCUUAAAGAGACGAACGUUUAUUCUGGAGUAAAAGGAGAAUUUCCCGUGAGUUAAAAGUGUUUGAAAAACUAAGUGGGGGAUUAUAGAAUGGGAAUAUGGAAUGGGAUUAGUAGAAGGGUAAUCAAGCCUUGACAUUUCCACAACGGAGCUACGUUACAUUGAAUAUUAUCAAUCAUGUGUGAAGCGCUUGUUUGAAGGAAAUCAUAUAUUCUGUGAAGAAAAACAAUAAAACAAUUGUGUGAAGUGUUUGUUCAAAGGAAAUUAUAUAUUCUGUGAAAAAAAAAAACUAUGUAAAACAAUUUGGUGUAAAGUGUGAUUCACUUCAUUCUCAUUGUGUAUGUUGACUCACUUCGUGAAAGAUGAGUCAGUGUCAGUGUUCAUGGGAUUUUCAGUGACUCUCUCUCAGUGG